AUGACUCGCACAGUGACAUCUCCGCUGUCGUGCAGUACCAGGACACAGCGUCAGCAACACCAGCAGCACCAGCAGCACCACCAGGCGUCUCCUGGAUACAGCGAACCGCCACCGCUGACAUCCACCUCCGCGGCAUCUCCUCCGCAUCAACACACCCAUGCAAACACACGCCAGUUUAUCUACACCCACAACGAACCGCCCUCAAAACGAACAAAACUACAUCACUCCCCGCCCCAGGUAUCGGGGCAACUGCCGCUACGCGCUAGAGAUGCUCAGGGCCAGCCGAACAUCAUUCCACGGCCUCACCCUCUUCCACAGCGGCACGUACAGACGCAAUUGGUGACUAUCAGGAGCUCUAGGAACGGCGAUGACGGUUCCAGCAAAGGUGAAGGUGGUCGUCUAUCGUUUGUUAAACCAGAUGCUUCACCCAAUACCAACAAUAAGACCAUUGAGUCGGCGUUAGUCCGCCCAACUAGGAGCUCAUUGCGACAUCCUCGAGGUACACAAGUGGACGAGGGAGAUAUGCCCCUUGUUCAAAGAGCUCAGUCUUCUGGUGGAGAUGCAAAUAUGCAUGGAGUUGACGCUACGAAGAAUGAGGCCCGUCUAAAGACACCACAGGCGCCCAACGUUAACACACCCGCUGGAGGCGAGAAGAGAUCACUACGGUCUCACGAUGGAGGUACUAGGCCGUCAAAGAGUGAAUUGGCCAUGUACUUCCCCAAUUAUGAACAGGUUCUUAGCUUAGAGCCGGCAAAGCAGGAGACUACUGUUACCCUGGUCGAUGACCUGAGGGAGCCAGUAGCACUGGAUGGUGAUGGUUUGGCAACAUCAACAGUGCCACACAACCCUCUUGAGACCCUUCAUAAUGCAGAAGUCGUUGAUCUAGGUCCAUUCAAGGGAGCCGACGACAACGACCCGUUAGACGAAGAUACCUUCUUCAAAGCUCACAGGAGGCUUGAACGGCAAGAGAAACAGCUGCGGAACCUUGAAAAAGAACGAGCUCAAUAUGAGAAGACCCAGCUAGACCACUUGCUCGGUGAGCUGCAGGGUCAUGACUGGCUCCGGGUCAUGGGAAUCAACGGGGUCACCGACACGGAAAAGAAGCUCUACGAGCCCAAACGAGAUUAUUUCGUAGGAGAAGUCACUGCUUUGCUUGAAAAGUUUCGAGCAUGGAAGGAAGAGGAAAAGCGAAGGAGAAUCGAACGAGAGCAAGCACUCCAGGCGGAAGAAGAUGAGGAGUCAGGUUCCGAGGAAGAAGACGAAGAUGAGGAGGACGAGGAUGAGGACGAGGGUGAAAGUGGCGUCGUUGAGGAAAACUCCGAACUGACAUCAACCACGGCAGCUGGUAGCGUCCCAGACCCCGACGAUGUCGACGGUUUGGCUGCACACCAGCUCUACCAAGAGGUGAUAUCAGCGACCAAAAGCAAGAAGCUUAAGACUCGGAAGGACAAGCCAACCUCACAGCCUCGACAGCAACCUAAACCGCAACUUCAGCAUCCGCAAAAACAGCAGCAACAGUCUCCGUCGAGCAAAGUUCUUGAUUCCAAACCUGUAGCACCACACAUCGGGCCCAACCCAUGGCCGACCGGACCCUUUCUAUCAUUCUAUUCCAAACCCCAUCUCCGUGAAGCAGCGAUCAAAAAACAUAAACGUGGUCGGACGCGGAUGGCAUUCGGGAAACCGCUGCCAGACUUGGACGAAACGCCCUUCCAGUUGCCCGAUGACAUCCUUACUCCAGAGGCUAUUAGGGCCGCCCAAAGGAGAAAUAGACGGAUGAGGCGUGAGGACGGAAAGCCCGGGAAACGGUAA